AUGGCUAUCAUCACUACCCUACUGGCAAUUGCCUCGCUGCCUCUGGCAGACCUUGCCAGUGCAGAAAGAGUUUUGGGUGCUUAUAUCUUCCAGCGCCAUGGAGACCGCACACCCAAGAGUCUUCCACCUGCCAAGUUGACGGAUCUUGGUUAUAAUCAAGAAUACAUGACCGGCAAUUUCUUCCAUAAUCGAUACAUCUCAGCCAGCUCGCAGAAUCAUAUCGAUGGCAUUAGUUCCAGCGAGGUCAACUUGGCCCAGAUCAGUGCCAGCGCACCCCAGGACACUGUCAUCCAGAUCUCCGGUCAAGCCUUCCUCCAGGGCCUCUACCCACCCAUUGGUUCGGCUGCAAAUGAAACUCUUCGCAAUGGAUCCACCAUCUACUCUCCUUUGAGCGGCUACCAGCUCAUCCCCCUGUCAGAUGUCAAGUCUGGCACUGACAGCGAGGAUAACACAUGGCUCCAAAGCACCUCCGAUUGUAGCAAUGCAGAGGUGAGCAGCAACGACUAUUACUACUCGAGCUCGUACAAGGAGUUGCUCGCCAGCACAAGCAGCCUUUAUGAGUCUGUUGCAUCCAAUCUCAACGGUACCGUCUCGUCGAGUGGUCUCAGUUUCAAGAAUGCAUUCACCAUCUGGGACUUGCUGAAUGUUGCAUCGAUCCACAAUGCCUCUGCCAAUAUCCCCUCCGAUGAAGUGAUGCACGAGCUCUUGGUCCUGGCCAACAAUCAGCAGUUCAACCUCGCUUAUAACAGCUCAGAGCCAAUUCGCUCAGUGGCGGGCAUGACGCUGGCCGGUGAAGUUCUGUCGGCCCUGAAUCAGACUAUCACCUCUGGGGGCAAGUCCAAGCUGAACAUUCAAUUUGGCGCAUAUGCAACAUUCCUUGCUUACUUCGGUCUCGCCGGGCUUACAGACAAUGUCGACUUCACUGGUAUGCCUGUGUAUGGUUCGUCGAUGACUUGGGAGCUCGUCACAAACGCACCUGGCACGGGAAUUCCCGCAGUGUCAGAAAUUAACGUCCGAUUCUUGUUCCACAACGGAACAAGCAUCGAGGGAACGACUGAAUUGCAAGCCUACCCUCUCUUCGGACAGUCCGCGACAGAGAUCCCAUGGACCCAGUUUGUCGACUCGACCAAGAAGUUCGCAAUCACCUCCCAGUCGCAAUGGUGCCAGGCUUGUGGAAAUUCUACCGGUAUUUGCAGUUCCAGCUCCGGCUCUAGCUCCACCGCAAGCACUUCUUCCUCCGACUCGUCCUCCAACGGAAUGAGUCUUGCUGUUGCUGGUGUCAUUGGUGCCAUGGUCACCUUGGGUGUUUUCGCUGGUCUGACUGCACUGCUCCUUCUGGUAUUCAAUCUCCGACUCGUACGCAAGACUACGCUGGCUUCUCUUGGUCGUGGAUCCCAAGCUUCCCUCACGCCCGUUACUUCUAAAGUUUGA